AUGGCUAAACUUCAAGAACAUAACAACCUCCUGUCGUCCAAAGUGGAUGAAACCCAGCACCUGCUUAAUCAACAACACAUGCAAAACAUUCAAACCACCCAAUCUUCCCAGAGCCUACAAACCCCAAGUCGGCAGAAGAAGGGUAAGAAGGUAGCAAAGGCAAUGCAUGCGCCCUCCAAGCAGUUGGUAGUUCCGACACCCAAGGAUCAACCACACCUACCGAAAAAGGUUUACUCCGAUUGUCGCCAUCAGAUUAACGAUCGGGAAGUAGAAAGACAGAGAUCUCUGAUCAGGAUCAAUGCUCAUCUAAGGGACUCACGGAUAAGGGUUCUCGGGAACAAAUCACCUAUUCGGAAAGUUCAGGGCUUAGAAUCUACCACCGAAUCAGACUAUGAUUAUUUCCAUUCCAAGACCAAAGAAUCUACCUACUGUUUGGCAACCAACGAGAUACUCAGAGGCCAUACCGAAAGUCCAGAAGAUGGAAAAAGAUCGAGUUCGCCUUUAGGAACCGGAUUGGGGAAAGCUUCGGCCAGGACCAUUCACUGA